AUGGCUCCCUUCCACAUGCUGGAAGAAGUACCAACACCAAACCUGCAACACCUUUUCUCCUACUACAUUGACCCAACUGGUGGUUCUCUUUACCCUUCAGAUAUUGACACUUCUCUCUAUGAUCCUUCCAUUUCCCUUGCUCAUUCUAUCAUCUUUCCAACUUUUCAACAAGAUAAUCUACUCCCAUCUCCCAAACGCCAAAAGUGCUGCUGUGAGAGUGAAGUGCAAAAACUUACUACACAAACUGCCCUGCCAUCCAGUUACACAGAUGAAUUUGUUGUGCCUUAUGAUAAUUUCUACUCUUCACACAUUGAGGAACUCCCACAACAAAUAUCAGUUGGGUUUGCACAAUUUCAUAGUACCUGUGAGGAUCUUAAGUGUGUGAAAAAAGAAACGGAGAAAACAAUAUCUCCCCAAAGCUUAGCAGCACGAGAGAGGAGAAGAAAGAUCAGUGAGAAGACGCAGGAACUUGGAAAAUUGGUUCCUGGUGGACCAAAGAUGAACACAGCUGAAAUGCUUCAUGCAGCUGCAAAGUAUGUUAAGUACCUUCAAGCCCAAGUUAAUUUGCUUGAACUCACAAAAUCACUGGAAGAUAACGCAGAAACUCCUUCUGGAAUGCUGCACUCACUAGUUGUUUCCUCCUUUGUUCAAGAGAAGUUAUAUAGAGAGGAAAUGUGUUUUGUGGCAAAAGAAACUGUGAUAACUAUGACAAAUCAUGAAGAUGUUCAAUCAAGACCUACCAUACUUAGGGAUCUUAAACAGCUCAUUCGGACAAACAUUGCUAACAAAGAAAAGAAAGAAUAA